AUAUAUUUGGUAUCUCCUAAAAUUUUUAUACAUCUAUAAAAAGAAUUUGACACUCCUAAAAUAUUUGUUGAAAAUUUGUCACUGCUUAUUUAGACCUUCUUGUCAAGAUUCUUAUCGACUACACCUUUUUGUCUGUUUACAUAGAAAUUGGUCCAGACGACUUUGUUUUUGAAAUCAUCACGACUCAAAACACGGUAACCCGUUUUCUUUUACUUGCCCAGUUACGAGACAAAUCUAUCCCAUGUAUGUAAUAAAACCGAAUAAUAAACAUUUUCGGGAGACAAAAAAAUUAUGAACAACUUUACUUGAUUUGCUAACAAAAUACCUUGACUAGCUGUGUUGAAUCUUUCUACAAUAUUAGUGCUUUUCGUGUUCGAGUCUUUCCAUUGAUUGAUAAUGUCAACGUCGGAGACUAUUUCUUGGUCACGUCUCAUGGAUUGCAUACUGGGUUGGUUGUUGCUUCUUCUGUGUGAUACUUCUUACCUUCUAUAUAUAUCAACAAAUUCUUUGGCUUUCCUAAGAAAGAUCUUUCAUUUGGUUACCCUUGUAAUAAUAAUGGAGGUGAAGGCAACUCAAACUGUAGAGGAUCACACAAUAGCAACACUCUAUGAAGCAUCACUAAAGGGUUGUGUAAGUACCCUACACACCCUGAUCCAAAGGAACCCUCUAAUUCUGAAUAGAGUUUCACUCUCUCCCUUCACCGAAACUCCAUUAUACAUAGCCUCUUUGCUUGGACAUUUGGAAUUCUGUGAGGCUCUUGUCAAGAGAAAACCCAGUUUAGUUAGUGAAGCUGACUCCGAAGGACGUUUCCCUCUUCAUCUGGCUUCUGCUGAAGGCCACACUGAGGUUGUGAAAUCACUUUUGCUCACAAACCCUGAUCUUUGUUAUGCUGUGGACAAAGAUGACAUGCUUCCUCUCCACUUUGCUGCAAUGAGAGGACGCGUAGGAACUAUUCAGGAGUUGAUCAAAACAAGACCAGACUCCAUUCAUCGUAUCACUCACAAUGGAUCUGUUUUGCACUUUUGUGUUAGGUUUAAUCAUUUGGAGGCCUUGAGAUUCUUUGUGCAAUCAGCAACAAUGAACCAAGACUUUCUGCUUGCCAAAGACAAAGAGGGUAACACACUUCUGCAUUUAGCAGUGAAGCUCAAACAAAUUAAGACCAUAAAAUACUUACUCACGCUACCAGAAAUGAGAACAGCAGCUAGAGCUUUAAACGAGGCAGGUUUAACAAAUUUUGAGGUGUUAGAAGAGAGUGAUCCAAGAGAUUUCAUAACCCUAAAAAUCCAAAACAUGCUAACUGAAGCUGGAGUUCAAAUCAUCAACGCAAAACAACAAGGGUCAUCAUCAUCAUCAUCAGCAUCAUCAGCAUCACCAAGCAUCAUCCCUACUCAACCAGCACAAGAAUCAAAGAGAAUGAAACUCUGGGAGACCCUAUGGCUAAAGUACCUGCAAUACCGGCCAAACUGGAUCGAAGAGAAACGUGGAAGUUUGAUGGUGGUGGCGACUGUGAUAGCCUCCAUGACUUUUCAGUCAGCAAUUAAUCCACCAGGUGGGGUUUGGCAAGAAGACACACACUCUGGUGGACUCAGUUGCAGUUCUUAUGGCACAUGUAAAGCAGGCACUGCAGUUUUGGCUUAUGAUUUGGCACAUGAUGGGUUUCUAAGAUUCGCCACCUUCAACAGUGUCUCAUUCUUUUCUUCUCUUUAUGUGGUGAUGAUUCUCCUUAGCGGGCUUCGGGUUGACAACAAGCCCAUGAUGUGGAUUUUGACCAUUGUGUUGUUCUUGGCACUCUCUUCAAUCGGUAACACCUACAUUUCUGCACAGCGAUUGGUGACACCACAUCACCUUGCCCACAAAGUUGAUACCGUGAACGCGUCUUUCUCUACGGUUUGGAAAAUCAUAAUUGCGAUUGUGGUUUUGUUUCACUUCCUUCACUUGCUCAUCUUAUGUGUCAAGAAGUUCCGAGUGAAGCCGCUAUCUAGCUCAAACCAGCUACCACUGUUCACGGGAUCAGAUUGAUGAAUGAAUGAAUGAAUACUUUAAACUAUUCCUUCAACUUAUUAUUCACAUAAUUAAUUUGUUUCACUAUGUAAUACGUUCCCGAUAAAAGCAACAUUUCUGAUCAGAUCAUAUG